AUGGCAGCAGUUGAGACAACUUUAGCGACGUGGUCCACUCAGGAAUUCGAGGCUGAUAAGAUAUAUUAUGAACUCUGUUAUCGGAAAGCCCCCAGGCGAGUUUCCUGGUCAUCCCAAAACAUGAUAGCGUGGGCGAUCCAGACAAGCGACGCACUGAACUCUCAUUUCAAUUGCACCUUUCCAAACAUUGGCAUAUUUAGUCCUUGUCGACUUCCCUCGACCGAUACAUCCGGAUUGGCUUGGUCUUUCGUUAAUAAGAAUAAUUUAUUUCUUCUCGACGGAGUUGAGAUUAAACAUCACCCCGGUAGUGUUAUCACAGAUUUGGUCUGGAAUCAAACUGGGUCCAUACUAGCUUCCGUGGAUCAAAGGGGAAAAAUUGCAAUAUGGAUGAUGAACAAUUUCGUUAACCAUUGGAAGUGCAUUUGUGAUAUUGACCUUGGAGAAGGCAUUAUCAUAUUCUCGUGGAUCGAUUGCGUUAGGAUGUAUUCGCGUGUAACCGAAUCACGUUCUUCCGGUCCUACUUUAUAUAAGCGUGGUGAAUUCAAGGGCCCACGAAAUCAAUUCGGAGAGUUUGCAUUCAUCACGAUUACAUCGUAUGGAAAGGUCAAUGUUUGGUAUCAAAAAGGCAAUAAACAAUUUUCCAAGAUAAAUGGCUCGUUACAAUACACUCAUGGCCGCAUAUCACAUGCAGACAUAAUAAUCAAUAAUGAUGGUCGCUAUAUUCUGGCGACAUACAUCCAAGAGUCUUGCCCAAGGGUUGUGAUGUUUCAUGAGAUUUCUAUUGACAUACUAAGAUCUCAAGUCCAUUGUCGACCGAUCUCGAGCAUUCAUCUUACGGCUCAAAUUAACGAUCCAUCGUUCAGCAUCGGUCGAGCUCCAGUAUUACACCUAAAAUUGCUACCGAGCUCAAAGAGUCAUGGAAUUAGGUUGAUAAUUGUUGCUGUGGAAAGGCUUGUUGAUGGGGAUUCAUUGACAUUUAAUAGUAACAUGGCCAUGUGGGAGCUUGUGAAUUCACAGGGGACCGUGGUGGAAGGUUCCUCGAUGCAAGAUAAAAAUGAAAUUCAAAUUGACGAACCUUCAACGAGUUUACGAUUUAUGGCGGGCGCACAUAUACCCAAAAAGUUGGUUACAAACCUCUGGGCGUAUAAGCAGGAACUUUUUGUGGGUUUCAGUAAUGGUCUGAUUCAAUUCCGUGAUUGCACAACACUGCAAACACUUAAUCAAGCAGGUCAAAAUGGAAUCAAAUUGUUUGUGGAUAGCAGAUUUCCUACCUAUAAUACUUGGAUACCUUCGAGUUAUCAUGAUCAGAAUGAUGGUGUUUUUGCAACCGUGAAUGCCAUCGCGGAAUUUGCCACAUCACCAAAUGGCACUUUAUUACUUUGUGGAAGAUAUUCCGGCAAACUCGACUGUCUUGAUAUGGCUGAUAUAAAUUUGACCAAAGUUGAUCUGAUGGAUAGUAUGCAAGGAAGCCGAGCUUGCGCCGAUAAAUUAACCUUGUGCAUACUUAAUAGCAUGGAUCAUACCGAUCUAGAAAACAUUAUGAAAAAACUUUCAAUAUUAUCGGAAGAGAAAAAAGACUUAUUAGAAAUUACCCUCGAAGAGACAUUUUCUAAUAUCUCAAGUGUUUUUCCUAAUGGAUUUGAGACCUCAUCCUCAUCGGAUUUUUUGAUUAGACUAUUUGGAUUGCAACUUUCUCUACUAAAAUCUUGCGGUUGCGAUAACAUCACUUAUCUAAAUACAUUGUGUGUUUUGCAUCUGCGUGCUUUGGAGAUCACGUUCAAGAAUAGUAUCACUCCUGACGAUACUUUUGUUGACGAUUCACUCCGAUCGCUCGCGUCCCUCACAUCAUGGAUUUUGGACUUUUUCGUUUAUUUCAUUCGUAAUAUCUACUUGUUAUAUUCCACAACGAAAAAAGGGCGUGUCUUGGCCACGGAAAAGUCACACAUUGUCCUCCUUUAUCAUUCUAUAAGUCGUUCGGCACUGAAAAAUCUUCUUUCACUUGUUGGAAAAUUCAAGGAUUACAUCGAAAAUUCUUCCGAUUCCUCCAUCCAAGAUAUACAUCGUUCACUAAAUUACUCUUUUGAAAAGUGGCCAUUGAAAUUGGAAUCGUUGGAAUCAUUUAUUAAAGAUUCUAGUGCUGUCAUCGAGAAAACGAUGCAAGCUGAUCGUCAGAAAACUAUUUACAGAAUGAUCCUUCGUUCUGUUCUACAAACUUCAUUGCACGGAACCCUAAAGGAAAUAGAACAGAUUUUCAAAACGUCCUUUAGCGUCGUCAACAAAGUAAAGCUAUACGUAUAUGAUACAAAGUGGAUCGAAUCCGAUUCGAUCGAUAUUGUCCUUAAGUCACGUGUGGACACCAUUCUGCAUUACGGGACAUACAAGGUGCCCAUUGGGCAAAGAGUUACACUAGAUCGUGCGUAUGUGGCGGUCUUUGGAUUGACAUUAGUAAGCGAUGAAACGAGCGUAACUUUCUAUCCGCAACCGAAUAACAGAUUGAAUUUCCUAUAA